AUGGACCCGAGUCUCAUGACGGAGCGGCAGCAGCUCGCGUUCCUGCUGCGCACCACGGCGCACGAGGCGUCGGACGCGUCGCACUCGAGCGACGAGAGCUCCGAGGACGAGGUCGUGGCGUCCCCGCGCCGUCUCAAGAAGCCUCGACGGAUACAGCGAGUCAGUAGCAUGGAGGAGCACGCAGCAGCGACGCCUGUCCAUCGAGGGCGCGGACGCCCACCCAAGCACAAGAAAAGCCCUCGAUCCGCUGCGAUGAUGACGAAGCUGUGCGUGUCGACGCAGAAGUCCUCGCAGCAGGACUUGACGCAGCUGCAGGACAAGUCGAGUCCGUCCAGCUCGGACGACUUGGCACAUCUGGACGCGGCGCGCUCAUUCGCUGCCGCAAGGACGCCGCGCUGCGCACUGUGCUGCGACUACGACACGGCGUACGAGGCGUCGUUCUCGGACGCGCUAUUCCUGUGCCCCGCGUGCGACCAGAAGUACCCGACCCAGCAGGCCCUCGGCCGCCGCGCGUGCGUGACCUAG